UGGACACUUUCGAAACGCCAUACGAGGAAGCGGCUGCAUUUAUUGAAUGCACGGUCUGUGAUAAAUCCAUAAGGGGGGAUACCUUGUACAAGAUACACCUGACGACACCAGGACAUAGAAAGGUACCCGGCACAGUUGACUGGUGCAGAGAGCUGUGUAGUCUAUGAACGACGUGUUGAUUUGAAUGCAGCUUAAACACCCAGUGAGAGACAUAUAGGCAGUGAGCACUAUACUGUGACUUGUGUUUUUUUCUCCAUGUCCUCUUUUUAUUCAGUCACAGGUCUUCCACAGGUCCAAGAUCAAACUUAAAACAAGAAGCAUCCACAAGUCAUAUUACACAAUCUUUCCAAGCCAUCUGCAACAUCUGGGGACUUCUUUUUUCCCCCAAGAUCUCAGAGUGUUUUAUUUCUCAUUAAUUGCCUGCUGGUAUAUCCUGGGACCUUACUUACUUCUGUUGUGCUAGCCAAACCCUAUGCAUUUUAUUAUGCCACGGUGUUCCACAUUUCUUCUUGGGCAGACGUGAAGCUGAACCAUGCCAUGACUGCAUGUGUGUACACUGUUCAGUCCCUUCUUAGCAACAAGCAACCAGGCAAAAUGAAUGGUUACCAACGUUUAUCUUUGACCAUCAUGAAGACUCAUUUUGGAGGAGUGCAGUGUCUUGGUGGAGUGCACCUUGCAGUAAGUUACACAUAAGAAAGCAGCCAGACGGACCAAUACGACUUGAUCUACAUUUCUGUCUCGAAUCAUCACAUGUUGAUGAUUGUGAUGGACACAACCUUUGUACAAGAGCAGCAGGUUUUUUAAACAUACUUUGCUCCACAAAAUGUCGCCGUUUUCGAUUUUUAAAGCAACCAUUUGUUCUUUUGGAGGUCAACACCUAUAGAUCAACCUGCAUUUUUCUUGAUCCUUGCCAGUCAGGUAUUGAGACUCAAGGCAACAAAUACAUCUUAUUGCCAUCAAUCUUUCUCUCACACCACAGGAAUGGUUUUGAUGGUUUGCACAAUGCAAGCCGUAAAGUCUGAACACUGCAUUGAUUUGCGCUUGAUAACUAUCUUCAAUGGAGCCUGGUCCUUCUUUGUGGUGUCACAUGGAGGGUGUGCUUAAUCCUCUGUCUCACUGUAUGUGAACAUGUUAUGGCAAAUUUCUUUGCUUGCCUUGUAUAGAAAAUAUGUUUUCAAACUCCCUCUAGAAACUUGCCAGCUCGAGGACAUUCUGCAAAUCUUCUUCUGUGGCUUUCAAUUCACCAAAAGCUGCAGCACUCCGAGCCAAAACAAGUGGAACCGUCAAAAUGUUUCUGCAUUGGACGGUUUUAUGUUGUGCGAAGCAGCAAAUCAUGAGCAACUCUGAAGAUUUGUGUGUUGUUGGGAAGCGUCGACAACUGACCUCAGAUUCAAUUCUUUCUAUCUGUUAACUGAUAAAUCAGACCUGGACUACAAAUGGGAAAUAAUGAUGGACAAUAGUUUGACAACUGAGCAUUACAGACUGUCCACGCUAUCUAGCUCCAGUAGCUCGUCAGUAGCUUCAGUCUUUAGUCGGUGUCUAUUGUCUACACGGGAAGCAUUCAGAUGAGGGAUGGACAUUUCUUUUCCAGAUUUCUAGGAGAUUCCUGUGGGAUUUUCAUCAAUUUCACGAUUUCCGAAAGUAAACUGGACCGCUGGGAAGGGAAUCAUAAUGAUAACAAUACAACAAUAUUGCUGGAAUUUCUUUACCCUUUCAUGGUAUUGAAACGGGCUAAGAGGUUUUUUUGAGGCAGUGGAGUGAAAGUCCGCUCCCUUGUCACCCUUUAGUUCACACACCGUACUGGUGUGUGGUCAGCUGUGUUCACUGUCAGAGCUCACCGCCCGAUACACGAUCACUUAUGCUCGUAAGCAAAAGUUGCUUAAACAUUGGUCAAGCGUGUGUUUGGGUCGUGUUGACGGAAACUGUAUACUGCUUUUCUGUAUAUAGAUAUUCAUCUUCACGGCGAUAUGUAGGCCUACUUUUACUGCGCCUCAAGUGGGCCAUGGUUUUGGUCAACCAUUAUUGUUAAGAAAUAUAUUUAUCCAUGAUAUAACCCUUUCUCUCUUUGUAGCACUGAUUGACUUAAUGUUGUUGCUCUCCUUUCGUCCCUGCCAGAAAGAGGAUGUCCUUGUUGCUUCGGGUAAGUAGACUUCACCUUCAGCUUUGUCAUUUUGUUCUCGAUCAUCAAUGGCUGUGAUCCUCUCAGAAUGACUACGAAAGGACUUUAGUUAGACUGUAUUGUACUGCGAGAAUGUGUGCAAGCGCUUUAUUGACAUAUAGAAACUUAAAGUUCGCUUUUAAAAAAAAAAUCUUUAUGCAUUACAGCCAAAAGACCGUCUCCACAACUUGAUGUGGGCUUUUUGUCCCUGGCUAUUUUCAUGCUUUGGCUUAGACCCUUAAUUCCAGUUAAGGGGAAUCUUGACUCACCUGCACAAAGACCUGAUCGUACCCCACUGAACACCUUCAUGAUGAAUGGCUUUGCAGCCAGGCCUCAUUGCCCAACGUCAGUGCGAGACCUCACUCAUGCGUGUUGCAGUAACUGGCUCAACAGCCGUUUGAAUCCAGCACGUGUGAUUGCCAGACGAAUGGAGGUCUUGUGCCAGAACGAACACAUCAUUCUGGGGACUGAAACCAGCCAAAGCUAGCCAGAGUGUAGCUAACUGGAUUGUCAGUUCAGAUGUCCACAUGGACAUUUUGUUAAUGUUGGAGGACAGGCGGUCCACUGGGUCUUGAGCAGUGAGAUAAUGGCUCUAUAGUCAAAUCAGGCUGGAGAGCAGGACGAGAGUCAAAAAACUCAGAAGACUGAAGGAUAGGCAGCGUUCUUCUCCUUCCUUUUUUUGAAUGUGCCGCUCAACAUAAUUAAGUUCAGGGUCUUCGACUGUAAUCCCAUUAUGUCAGCGUGCACUGGGCUUCUUAACAUUACUUUAUAGUAAUAGUGCGCACCGUUAACUUUACAAUCUUUUUUUAGUACGCAGUCACUGAUUGUGAAGUACAAAAUGACCUCCAAUCGGAUUUACCAGUGGGAGAACCAUUAUUAAAAAAUGCCAUCUGGACGAGAUCCAGCCUCAGACGUAAAGGCAUCAGAAACUUGGAUUGCACAAGAGCCGAGCUUUGCCCGCUUUGAGCCGUCCGGGGGAGAGGCUUCUUCUGCUGUGUGGUCUGAUUUGUCAGUUUUGACUCGGUGAGCACAGCUGGCUAGCUCUGAGAAUGCGCCUCACUUUCUUAAGUGGGCCUCUUGAGAACAUGUAUAAAGAUCCCUGUGUCAUUACCCUUACACAGAGAGUUUUACAUUUUCACAAGUUAGCUUUGUGAACGCUGACAGUCUUCGUCAGAGUUUGACUUCAGACCUGUUGUUGCCUGCUAGCUGAGAGUGUGCGCGCCCUCUACUGGUGUCCUUUGAGUCAACAGAAAUAUCACUGAUCCACCCAUUAUACAAAUGGGAGGAGGGGCGGGGGACACAUGCCUUUAUGGCUGCUCCAAAACUUAUUGUAGCCAAAUUUGGUGGCUACAUAAGUUCCUGUGGUGCUGGAACAUCAGCAUGACCUCCGCGUUUCAAACGUGCUGAUAGUUGGGUAGGUGGGUUCAAAAUGGAAGAAAAGGUAUGUUCAUGUGUGUUGCAUGUAUAAGAGACACGGCCACGAAAAGGUUUCCGACUGACUCCUGUGCACGUGUGUUUGUGUGCUGCCUGUGGAGGAAUGUUCCACAUUCAGCUGUGGGAUAAUGUGGUUCAUGCUCAAAUAUAGAAAGGUGGACUUCAGUUUGUUUAGAUUGAGCAAAGAGCUGUGGCAUGCUCAUGCUUAAGGUAAAUACACCUUUUUUUGGACUCUAUUUUGGUUGUUUUUUUUUGGGACGUAGGAAAAAAAUAUUUUUUCCCUUCAAUGUUGGUUUUGGCGGUAACAUCAGCAUUCAACAGCCUUUGUCUUUAAGAUGUCACGGUAGGUCAGAAAGUAAUGCCUCCAAAGGUGUUAAGUGUUUGUCUUCCAUAAAAUCAUGGUGUUUAUGAACCUGAAGACAGUCGCACAGCAACACCAAACGAGUCAUGAUGACCUCCCUGCUGAUGUAAGUAGAGCAGAAUUUGAAGACUGAAGCGUUGGAGAUCAUACAAAAAACAUAUAUGGUUACCGGUACUCAUUUGCAGCAUUUAGAUUUCUGACGUCAAUACAAAGAACUUUCCUCUGCAGUGAAGAUGGACCUGGGUCUGCCCCUUGGGACCUGGUCGCUGCCGGAGUCUGAGUUGAUGGACUUUCUGGUGAAUUUGCAGGAUUUCAUCUGAAUCCGACACGGGUUUGCUGUCAGACACCCCCGCAUACCGGAAUUUGAGGACAUAUUACAAUAUCUGGUUUACAUGAAGCUUGAUGAGCCCAUCAUUGGUUUGAACUAUUUGGAGGAACUACCUUGUAAUGAUCCACAGACAGGCCCCAAAUACCUAUGUAAGCUCUGUCACCAGAAGGCAAACCUAUCGGAAAUGGUUCAUCAUGUGAUUGGACGUAAACACCGACAGAAAUAUGUGGAACUGAAACGGCCAGACUUGGUGACGUGGAACAAACAAUCCAUAAUAACCCACGGAGGGAAGAUUGUACGAGCCAGAGCCGAGAUAAUAGAGAGACAGGAUGGACGAGGAACUCCAGUGCUAAUGGCGAAAAUGGGGAUUGAGAACCAAUGUAAUCUCUCAAGAGUUCCCCCAAGGCCAAAUAAAAAUAGGGAUCGGAACCUUUUACAGAGUUUGACCCAACAAGAUGUGCCGUCCCUCCUACCAGACCUCGAGGGCUAUCGGGAUGACUACUCUCACUCAGGGAGGUAUCCCCCAGGUCACCCAGAUACAGCCCCAUUGCGUCCACAAGACACUUACAUGUUGGACAGAAACAGGCCGAUGUACCAACAGGAGGACACUCUCAGCCAUGGCCGCAUGGAAGAGGAGCUGCAGAGGGCAGAUCACAGGGAAAGUUCUAUGUACAGAAGAGAGUAUAUGGACCCAGAUUAUCGGACAAAGUAUGAAGAGGAAUAUGUUGACGAUCCACAAAGAAGAGCCAGACCAGAGCCAGGUGGUGAUUCCAGGUUUGGUUUAAGGCAGGAGAUGCCUCGUGGCCAUGCCCAGCAUGGAGAGUAUUACCCAGAUGAGGCUACUUCUUCCAGAAAGCCCUAUCCAGAAAGGGAUCCACUGAAAGAGUUCUACACUGAGGAAGUUCAGAGGUGUGGGCGAGUUUCUUCUGAGUACCCGCCCUCUCAGCCGGUGGACCUAAUAAGAGAUGAGCAGCGGUGUUCUCUGAACUGGGAAUCUGGCAGACGUGAAAGUAUGAAUGGAGCCGGCAGGCAGAGAUCGACUCAUCCAGAGGCCAAGAGAAGCAGCUUUUCCACAUCUAUGGAGAGUGACCAGACGCCUGAUGGCCUUUUGUUUAAUUUCGUCAGAGAUUAUCGUCAUGAAAUGAGAAAAGCAUAUCAAGAGGAGGCAGUUGCCAACCCUGGGCAGAGCAGAACAGGAACCCCUUCCACCCAGAGACAAGUGGAGGCUACUAGGGCCAUAUCUGACAUCCCAGAGCCAUUCAGGCGUUUCCUGAAAGGGACCGCUAAUGAGGACGGAUACGGGAAAAGAAAAAGAAAGAGUCGCUUCUCUGAUGCCACUGCAGAGGAGGCGGAAACAACAAAGGAGAUGUUCAGUGAUGAGUAUGGACCUCCAAAUCCAAAGUUUGGCGGUCGUACUAGACCCGUCCAUGAAACACAACAUCCUGACCUCUACAUAGAACCACAGGGCCUGCGUCAUACUGAAAGCUACCAAAGAGAAGGCUCUGAGUCCAUGGGUGUCUUUGAUAUGCUAAACAACAUUGAAAUUGAAAAUGUGGAAGAGGCUGACUUCCUGAAGAACAAACUUUGCGACCUUCUGAAAGAAUUCAAGACCAAAAAAUCUGAGAAAGCCGUGCAAAAUAACCACGGUCGAGUAGCCAUCUCCAAAAACUACAACAGCUUUAACCCGGACCCCGAGCUGUCGCCAAGACAUCAUUACGACACAACCCACAGAGAAGAUUCAGACCUUAGACGACCAGAAGACUACUUAAAAAAUGAUCACAGAGGAGGAGGCUGGCGACAGCAUGAGCAAGCACCUGAAGAUCAGCGAAAUGAAUACCUCCAUUCUGUACGCGGGGAGCCCGGACAGUCAAACAGAAGACGUUAUGAAGAGGUGUUUGGGUUGCCCAGGACGCAACAGGCUAGCCGUCCCGAUGAGCCAGCACGUAAUGCUGGUAGAUUUGAAGAACCCAUGCAUCCUUUAGACUACCCACAUGCUGCCGAGGAGUUUAUGGACUCCCGAUCCUCUGCAAUAGAACAAAGACACAGGAUGGAAAGGGGCCUUCGGUACUCCAACAACCUGGACAAAAUCACCUCCACCCUCUUGGAACUUGUGGCAAGGAAAUAAUUGACAUUGAAGUCCAGUAGACGUAUAUCCAGAGAUUUAAUAUGGUGCUUUUGUUUGAAAACGUAAUUUGAUAGCAAAGUUCAUUCUUCCUUGUUUGAUAAAUAUGUUUAAGUUUAACUGUGAAUAUUAAAACAUUUGUCUACA